GUGCUUAGCAGCCAAUUUAGUGAGGCUACAACAACCCAUAAAUAAUAGUUCUUAGCACAUAACCGUCACAACUUGGCUAAAAUUAUUUUUGCUUAUUAUACUUUAUUAAAUUAAAAUAUAUUUCGGAACAUAUUUCCAGUAAAUUAGUUAAAAAAAAAAACAACGUAGUUGAAAGUAAUCGAAUUUGAUGAAAUUUUGAUAAGAAAUAAUUGUACAUUACUAACUAUUUAAUAUUAUUUGUAAUCACGUACUUGCAAAUGGCGACUAAUAGUUUAGAAAACGUUUCAUAUCCAGAUGCUGCUACAGCAAUAUCUCAUGGAAAACGCCACCUCUUGGUUCGAGAUUAUACAGCGGCUGUAGCUGCUUUAGCAGAAGGUUUAAAAAUAUUAUCACAAACACAUGGUGAAAAUGCCGAUGAAUUAGGCGAACCUUAUCUCAUUUAUGGUCGUGCUUUACUUGGUUUAGCACGAGAAGAAGCUGGAAUAUUAGGUGGUGGUGUUCCAGGUUCCGAAGAAGGAGAUAAUGUUGACAGUGAAGAUGAAGACAGUAGUGAGGAAAAAUCGAAUGAUACAGAUGAAAAAAAUGGCGAAAUGCUUAACAACCCAAAGCCAGAUGACCUUAAUGAUUCAAAUAAUAUAUCAAUUGAAAAAAAGGCGGCGAUUGUACCUCGUUCAAGUAAAGACACAACAUCAACUAUUGAAAAUUUGAAUACCGAUGUAACAGACAGAUUAACAUUAGAAAAUGAAAAAAUUGAUGAAAACUCAGGUGUGGAGGAUGAUGAUAAUGAGUCUGGGAAUGGGAUUGAUUUGCAAGUUGCCUGGGAAGUUCUUGAGCUUGCUAAAAUUGUUUUCCAAAAGCGCGGGUCUUCUGGUCUUAAAAGUCUUGCAGAAACAUAUAGAUUGUUGGGUGAAGUGGCUAUGGAAAGUGGUAAUCAUCAAGUUGCCAUCACUGAUCUUAAACAAGCUUUAAAAAUAUUUAGUAAUGAAGAAUUUUUUGACCCAAGGGUUUUGGCAGAGCUUCAUUAUCAACUAGGCUUAGCUUAUUCACUACUUAAUGAGUUUGAUUCAAGUAUUCAACAAUUCAAUAAAGCGACGAGCUUAUUAGAAUUAAAAAUCAAUCAAUUAGAAACGAUGAAAGAACCCCCCAAAUCAGAUGAUCCAUUUUAUACAGUUGAAAACGAAAUCAAAGAGCUAAAAGAACUAUUACCAGAAAUUCAAGAAAAAAUCACAGAUAUGACUGAUUUUAAGCAAGAAGCUUGUAAACUUGUCAUUGAAGGGAUUAAAAACAAAGUUACUAGUGUUCCGCACAACGGUGCAAGUACAAGUUCUACAAUGGCUAAUACUGCAGAAAAUAUUUCAUCUUCAAAAGAAAGUAAAUCUGUUACUGAUAUCUCUCAUCUCGUACGAAAAAAACGUAAAAGUGAUGAACCGAUGGAGCAGAAUAUAUCCCCCUUUAAAAAAAAGUGUUGAUGUUCCAUGAAAAAUUUUCAUAUUUUCAUAUGUUCGAUAAAAAUUUUACACUUACUUUUCAUACCGAAAUGUUGUCAUGUAGUUAAUAUUCAUAAGAUUUUUAAUAGUAUUUCCUAUAGUAAAAUGAUAUUAAGGUAUUUAAAUUUUUCAAAUGUACUUUUUCUUAUUAGUAGGCAUUUUUUUAUGAUUUAUCUUCCGUAAAGUAAAACUUAAUUUUUUUUUAACGAUUUGACUCUAAAAUUGAUACUUAAAGUGUGUAAAUUACAGUUACUUUUAUAAUGAAAGUUUCGUUGAUAAAUCAAUGUAGUCAGCGAUAUAAUUUUAAUAUUUAAAGUAAGCAACCAUUAUUUUACUUACAAAGCAAUUUUCCGUUUUCAUAAAGUACAUAGAUAAGUUUUUAAUACAAAAGUAUAACCAAUUGUAUUUUUUACUUUUCACAAUUUUUGCAGUACAAAAUUAUUAAUUCAAUGAAAAAUUAGUUGCUAAUUUAUUUACUUUGUUCUGCAGUUUGAUAAUAGUUAAAAAAAUAAACAUACAAUUUUUUGAACUUUACGUGUAUGAAAUUAUUUCUUACUUCCGAAUUUCUUAAUUACCUUGAUGCUUAAAUCUAAUUUGAUCUUCAGAGAUUUAAAUUCUAUUAAAUU